CUUCCUGUCAGUGAUGUGCAUUCGUGUUUAUCUGUGACCGCUGUAAUAGAUCGUGACGGGCAGCAUUUAUAAAAAUGCAUGGAAGUAGGCUAUAUUUGUAGGCAUUACUGAAUUUUAUUUAGCCAUUAUUAAAAAAUAAAAAGAUGUAUAGGAAUAGCCCAUAGGAAGCUCUCGGGCAGGGGCGCUGGUGCAGACUUGACUGAAAUCGCAGAUGAACAUUUUACCUGGUUGUGUCACCGCGGGCAUCGUUCUCACAGGCUAUUUAACGAUCUGACAUCUGAACCGUAGCUCUGCAUUAGAGCAGCGACUGGGACAAAACGAUCACGCGCGCGCACACACACACACACGCACACAAACACACACACACCCCGGUUACGGCAGAGUUUAAUUGCACGCGAAAUGAGGAGCGCAGACAGAUCCUGCACGGCGUGACACCACAAAUCACCGAUAUCCCACUGAUCGCUGCCAUCUGCGGCUGUGUUUUUUGGAGCUAAAGGCGCACGGACGAUGGCCACCAUGUCGGACCUGGAGCGGAGUUGCUCCAUAUCCAAAAAGACUAUGAUAACCGAGCAUUUCAGAGUGCGCAAGCGGAGGGAGAUGCUCCUGGCGCAAGUGUGUGUAGUGUGCGGAGUGCUGCUGGCGGCCUGGUGCAUGUCAGCGCUCCUCACCAAAACAGGUCAUGGGAUUAUGUUGCAGGAGCACUUUGCUGGACCCACAGACCACCUGGGCCGUAGGCUGAUGGCCACCGUGAUAGACAAUGAGACUGCAGAAAAGAACUGCUCAAAACCAGCCAUCCAUGAGUUCCCUGAGGAUAUGUUCACAAACCGAGAGCGAACACGAGGAGCUGUCCUGCUACACAUAUUUGCUGCUGUCUACAUGUUCCUGGCUCUAGCUAUCGUGUGUGAUGACUACUUUGUUAUGUCUCUAGAGAAGAUCUGUGAAAAACUGCAUCUGAGUGAGGAUGUAGCUGGUGCAACAUUUAUGGCUGCUGGAAGCUCAGCUCCAGAGCUUUUUGCCUCCAUCAUUGGUGUGUUCAUAACACACGGAGAUGUGGGUGUGGGUACGAUCGUGGGGUCAGCUGUGUUCAACAUUCUCUGUAUCAUUGGUGUGUGUGGAAUAUUCGCUGGACAGGUUGUCUUUCUCACCAAGUUUUCUGUGUUUCGGGACUCCCUUUACUACACACUGUCUGUUGUAGCACUUAUAGUAUUCAUCUAUGAUGGGCAGAUUAUAUGGUGGGAGAGUCUGGUGCUCAUGCUCAUGUAUGUUGGCUACAUAAUCAUUAUGAAGUUUAACACCAGCAUACAGAACUACUUUUCUGGGACAGAAGAUAAGGGUGUUGCCAACGGUAAUGCAGUGCUCAGCGAGCUGGAGGACGGUAAUGCAUAUUAUGAGCAGUUUUGGGAUGAUCCCUCUUGGCCAUUACUCAGCUCAGUAAAACCCAGUAAGAUGUACACUCGUGGUUCAGUUGUGAUGGUGGAUGAGAUGAUGAACUCUAGUCCUCCAAACUACCGCUUCCCGGAGGCCGGCCUCAGAGUCAUGAUCACCAACCAUUUUGGGCCUAAAACCCGUCUGCGCAUGGCGAGCCGACUCAUCAUUAAUGAGCAACAGCGGCUAAUGCAGGCAUCUAAUGGGGUGGAUGGCACACUAGUGGCUGAUGGGAAAGCAGAAACAAUGGAGAACGGCAGCGUACCAGAGGACAAACUAACAGAGGAGGAGGAUAAUGAGAUGUCCUCACCCUUCACCAUACCUGGGGGCGCUAUGAACAGAGUGAAGUUCAUCAUUUCAUGGCCUAUACUGUUGUUGCUGUACUUAACCGUGCCGAACUGUGCGAAACCACGCUGGGAGAAUUUCUUUAUGCUCUCCUUUUUUCUUUCCACUCUGUGGAUAGCUGUCUUCUCAUACUUCAUGGUGUGGAUGGUGACGAUUAUCGGAUACACACUGGGAAUACCUGAUGUUAUAAUGGGCAUCACUUUUCUUGCAGCCGGCACUAGUGUUCCAGACUGUAUAGCUAGCCUUAUAGUCGCUCGACAAGGCCUGGGCGAUAUGGCUGUCUCCAAUACAAUCGGCAGUAAUGUCUUUGAUAUCCUGGUUGGGCUCGGUGUUCCCUGGGGUCUCCAGACGAUGGCUGUCAACUACGGAUCUGUGGUGAAAAUCAACAGUAGAGGAUUGGUGUAUUCUGUGGUGCUGCUUCUGGGCUCAGUGGCUUUGACUGUCCUGGGGAUCCAUGUUAACAGCUGGAAGCUGGACAAAAAGCUGGGUGUGUACGUGCUCCUGCUGUACACCAUCUUCCUGUGCUUCUCCAUCUUGAUCGAGUACAACAUUUUUACCUUUGUCAAUCUGCCCAUGUGUCAAGAGGUCUGAAACAUUUAGUUUCUGAAUCACUUCCAAACUGGACCUACCACCCACAAUCCCUAUCAGAUUUACAACAUUUUUUUCAGCAUUUUAUUGUUACUGAAACCCACCAUGUCCCACAUCAGUUGUUCAUUGCAAUCAAAGACAUUACAUUCUGCUCCAUCUGUCCAUGGAAAUGAGGAUUCAGUUCUCUGUCCAUGAUCUCAGACAAUUAGACUUAUGUCUUUGGCAACACUCGCUCUGACUGGACCUUCUCAACUUAGCAGCAUAGCAUGUCUAAAUUGGCUCUGCAUGGGCGCAGCCCGAAUAUAUAUAUACACACAGGAAAAAAGAGGAAUGCUACUCAGUGAAACAAAAUGAAUGCAUCACAUUUACACGCUUUCAUCUGUUCUUCCCUGGAGAAAAAUAAAAUCAAACAAAAAUGCACUUUAGACAUAUCAGGUGAAGACUCUAGGUCACACUAUGAUUGCAGUAAGGAAAGACAUCAGCUCUUUUCUGCUGUAAUGCAAUAAAGGAGCAAUAUAAACAGAAGCAGUGUUUAAUGUCAAUUAAUUCAUGAGAGAUCCUUUUUUAUUUUUGAAGCGUGAAGGAAUAUGAGAUUUUUGUGAAGGCAGCAAUGCGAUACAGAAGGACUGUGAGAACAAGAGAUAAAUAUACUGUACAGUUCCUCAGAGACUCCUGCUGUGGAAGAUCUAUUCUGAAAUGAUAAGAUUUCCUGUCUGCUCAUGGCUUCUGUACACCCAAACUGACAGUCGAGGACUUUAUUAAAUUAGAAAGGACCAAUUGAAACUUUAAAAACUGGGUCCAAGCUCUUUAAUGGUAUGGAAGACAAAUUUCAGAAUUUAAUUUACUGACAAGACCACAAACACAGAUCUUGAUGUUACAUUUACUGUUUAUGCAUAAAUAUAACGGUAACAGUCCUCUUGUUUGAACCAGUGCUUCCUUAUAGGUGUAGAGGAGGGGGAGUGGAUGUACAUCCAUGACUGGAACGAUUACUUUAUUUUUUUCUUUUUGGGACGUUCACUCCAGCUCCCCUUUCUGGGUCUCUGUACUGUUUGUCUGUGACGCAUGAUUUGACACAGCAGGGUCGAAGAAUCACUGUUAAUCUCCCAAAAUGGCAGCUAGCACUCCAUCCUGCACCAAAUCCAAGAGGCUCAGGAGAUCUUAAUCCAAGUAAAGGGCAGAUGUGUUUGUGUCUGUGCCAGUUGUGGAAAUGUCAGGUGUUGUCGUUCAGUGCUAAAAGUUUGCCGUCGCUGUUGUCCAUGUGGAAAGGCAGCUGUGUGCAGUGUUUCAAUGUGUGCAGUAUAUAAGGACAUAUGCAAUCUCCAUAAGUGAAAAUUGUAACCAGUAGGCUGUAAUCAGAAAGGCUGGUUAUAUUUAAAUACCCUUGUUGCUCAUGCAUGCAAAUAUUCAUAAUACCUUACAUUAUUAGUGCUAUGAGGAAUGCACCUUCUUUUUACAUGGCUGUGUGCUGUGCGGUAUGGUGGUGUGAUGUUGUUUUUUGGGGUUUUUUCCCCUGAUGGUAGUUGAUCAGUGUUCAGAUGGGAUAAUGUGUUUAGAUUGUUUCAAGGUUAAUGAAUGUCACUGGAGGUGACUCAUCAGUUUGCUAGUAACACAUAGUCUGUUUCAAGAAAGCGAAGAAAUUACAAGAUUUACUUGUUUGUUUACGUUGUUUCAAUUUCUAUAAUGGAAUUAAGUGUUUCACAUAUAUGCAAAUAUUUUCCUAUUUUGUUAUUGGGCCAAGAUUUAGUUUAUGUUAUUGUAACAUAAAUAGACUACUAUAGUACAUAUAAUAAAUUAAUAAACACAAAUCAUACCAAAUCACUGUAAAUAAGCCAUUUCUAUGAUCUAAUCUGAAGCCAGUUGUUCCUGUGGCAUGUCUGUUAUUAUAAUGGCUAUUAUUACUACAUUUGAACAGAAAAUCAAGUAUUUUUGACUCUAGCUGUAUUUUAUAAAUUGUGCACAGCCACCUGAGUGACCGGAUUAUUGUUUUCUUCCUUUCGGGGAUAAGGAUCACUCAGGAGGUUGCAUCUUUGUUACAAGUGGUGGCAUUCUGACAUGAACCGAAGUUUCUGUAUGCACAGAAAAACCCACUGUAUACUUCUUCAGGAUAAACAUUUUAAGGUGAAUGAAGAUGCUUAAAAUCUACAGUACAUCUAUUUUCCUGCAUGAAGGUGCGCACAUACAGGGCACAUGCACUCACUUUUGUUGGCACAUACAUGUGCAAUCUUAUUGUAGCAUAGACUGUGACCUGCUGCACUGUGGGAGGUAAAAGGUGUGCUGGAUCGCUUUCCAAGCCACUGAUGAAAAUGAUAAUAAUGUAAAAGAUACUGUAUGACAACAGUGUUUAACUUGAAUGUAUUGUCUUGCUAUAAAUGGAUGUAUCCAACCACCGCAUUUUAUUGUGAAGCAAUAAACUAUUCAAAAUAUUAUCAUUCAUAUUUGAAUCAUAAGAAAAUUGUAUGAACACAAAUUAAACUUCUACAGUUUAUAAAUA